AUGUGUCUUCCGAGGAAAAACUUUUCCUCGAAAAAAGAUCAACUCAGACAGGCAGCUGCACUCACAGCUGGAGCGCUGAAUUUCAAGCAUUUAAUUGAAAGACAACUUCUCGAGCCUGGUGUUCGUGGAAAAACUCCCUUGGACAUGUCGCAGUACCAGCGUGUCUUCAGUGUUUACCGCAAGCCUUCCAUAGCCUGUGAUAAACUGGAGUUCAAUACGCCCCUCCAGAAAUCCGGGAAACACAUGGUAGCCAUACACAACUGCCAGAUGUUCACCAUCAACGCAUACAAUGCCCAAGGAGUGCCCCACAACGAAAGCAGGAUCCUCACCCAGCUCCUCCGAGUUGUACAGAUGUCACCCGAGAAGGACGUCGGCGUAGGCAUUCUGACGGCUGAAGACAGGGACGUCUGGGCGAAAGUGUACGCCACUCUUGGCCAGAAUUCUGAGAACGCGGCGUCUCUGGCAGCGAUCCAGAGGGCUGCCCUCGUGGUGUGCCUUGACGGCGGAUUAGCAGACGUGGAUCUCUACGAGGUGGCCUGGCCCCGGCAGGUAUACAAGGGCGGUUCGAACGCCGAAUAUGCAGCCAAUCGGUGGUGGGACAAGCCGGUUCAGGUUGUUGUCGGGGAAGACGGAGGGUCCGCACUUCUGUACGAUCACACAGCCUUCGACGGCACCGUGAUGGCUCGGGUCACGAAUCACUGCUACGAUUACGCCCAGAAGGCAGGGAGCUUCGAAGCAUCUAAGGACGACGCGGAAGCAGCUCCACAAAAACUGGAAUUUGAUCUUGGGCCCGAUACGUUACAUGACAUAGAGAAAGCGAAAUCGUCCCAGGCAAGAUAUGCCGGCGGUGUUGAAAGACUCUUCUAUCAAUUUUCCGACUAUGGAAAGAAGUUCGUCCAGUCGUGCAACAUGAGUCCCGAUGGAUACGCGCAGAUGGCCAUGCAACUGGCGGCCUUCAGGUAA